AUGCCCCGCUACAUUUUGUUCGCCCACAUGCUCUUCAAUGACACCCUGUACCAGCUGAUCAGCAUGGUUCUAUACAUCUUCAAUGUGUUGUAUUUGGACAUGGUCCUGGGUGUUUGCAGUUUUCUGAUUCUGAUAUCUACUUCAACCGUUACCAACGAGCCCCUCAACCUGGCUGUCAUGUCCCUGGAGCGGUACUUUGCAGUCUGUUUCCCACUAAGAUAUGCUCAACUGUCCACUCCAGAGAGGACGUUCUUCACCUUGGCUGUUAUGUGGGCUGUGGGUGCUGCCAAUGUUCUAAUUGACAUCUUUACAGUCAUCCUAGUGGAACCCUCUUUUUUCUUGCUCUCUGGGAUGUGCUCAUAUGAGCAGCUCAUGAGGAAGCGAUGGCAGAGGGACAAGGGAGUGGCCUUAAAUGUCCUCUGCUUCACAGUAGUUGGGAUGGUCCUGCUCUACACCUAUGUGUGCAUCACUCUGGAGGCACGAUCCGCCACCAGAGACAGGGCUUCUGCACAGAAAGCCAUGCAGACCGUGCUACUGCACGCAGUCCAGCUCUGCCUGUCCCUCAUGACCUUUCUGUUUAAUGUGUUUGAGAUGCUCCUGUCAUCAUUUCCAUCGGAUGUCUUUGCUCAGCUGCGCUUUGUAAACUAUGUGGUAGUUCUCCUGCUCCCUCGCUGUCUUAGCCCUCUCAUCUAUGGCAUGAGAGAUCAGAGUUUCAGGCCUGUGUUCAUGUACUUCUUCACCUGUGGCACCAGAAGUGUGAAGCCUGCUGGAACGAACAGCAGACUGGAAAAAGAGUGCUGA